AUGGGUUAUGAAACUUUAUACAACGAAUUCCAUGCUAAUGAAAAUGUUCAAGCAUUCAUCCCAUUAGCACAACAACCAAGAUAUGGUAUCAUGGCCACUGUAUUAGCUUUGUUAUUUCUGUUUGGUGCUGUUAUGACUGCUUGCUCCAAGAAAUCUAUCGUACCCAAGUUCCUGAUCUUCACUUUCCUAAGUGUGUUCGGUUCUAUACUAUUUGCUAUUGCUGCUAUCUUUGUCUCUGACGCUUUUGGUGUAUAUGUCUAA